AUGACUGGGAACAGACCCAACCUGCAGCCGGGGGCAGAGGGAUGUGGCUAUACCACUUUCCAAGUUAAGUGUCAUAUCGAAUCAAGUCAGUUUGGAAAGACUCAGCACACAAGCCCAGUACCAUGUAUUCAGCAAACUGGAAAGAAGCCACGGGCAAAAGCUCCUCCAGUCAGAAAGUCAAAUCUAGAAAAACCUCAAGUACCUCCUAAGCCAGCUCAUCUCAUAUCAGCGGGACAAAGGAAGCCUGGCCCAAAAAUCCCUCCAGCACCCUCAAAACCAUUGCCAUCCAUACCUAAAGUCACCAGAAGACUUGGAACACGAGAGCGGAACCAGACUAACACCUCAGAUAUCAGUAUUCUCAUUGCAAAGUUUGAGAAUUUCAGAAAACCUGCAAAACCUUUCAAACCGAGCUAUCUGAAUUCAAAGUUCAAAAUGGAACCUGGAUCCGGACCUUCCAAAUGCCCUCGCUCAUCAAGGAACGAUACGGCAGUCGAGGGAGGAUUAUCUGCAGAUGAACAGAAUGGACCAGAUGACAAUGAUCCGGCCAUAUCUCACAGCCCAGAAAUGUCAAACUCUGAGAACAUCAAAUUUAAGGACUUGGGCAUCACUGACAUCAACAGCUGUGGAGAAAGUUCAUCUGUACAUACAGUGGAGGAAUCAAACAGAGAGAACGACAACGAGGACCUAACGGUAGAUCAGAACGACAAUGGUAAAAUACCCAACCGAGACAGUGGCAUUGAUAGCCCCUCAUGUUGUGUAGUAGAAGAGGUGUUUUCUAAUGAUGAGACUGUCGAGUCUAGAAAGCUCAUGUUACCUGUCGCAGCUAUUGAAAUGAGAACGAGCACAUCUGGUGACCAAAAGAGGGACUCAACUCAGGAUGAAGAUAGUGACAUGGAUGAAGGAAGCAGUGAGGAACAUGAAAGCACAGAACUGACAAAGCCCGAGAACAGUGAAGCCACCAAGUGCACAGAACCACAGAAGCUAUUUAACAUUGCCAAUGAGCUUCUCCACACGGAGGAAGCCUAUGUGAAGAGACUACAUCUACUAGAUCAGGUAUUCUGCACAUCAUUAGCUGAUGCCGGAAUUCCAACAGAAGUGACCACAGGAAUAUUUUCUAAUAUUUCUUCCAUCUACUGCUUUCAUUGCCAGUUUCUUUUGCCAGAACUUAAGACUCGUAUAACCCAGGAGUGGAAUACAAACCCACGCAUUGGGGAUAUUCUUCAAAAACUGGCCCCAUUCCUGAAGAUGUAUGGAGAAUAUGUAAAGAACUUUGACAAGGCUAUGGACAUGGUGAAUUCCUGGACCCAGAGGUCUCCUAUUUUCAAGGAGGUCAUCCAUACAAUUCAGAAACAGGACAUCUGUGGGAAUCUGACAUUACAGCAUCAUAUGUUGGAGCCGGUCCAACGAAUUCCUCGCUAUGAACUUCUCCUGAAGGAUUAUCUAAAGAAACUGCCUGAGGACUCGGCGGAUAGAAAGGAUGCAGAGAAGUCCCUGGAGCUUAUUGCCACCGCGGCGAAUCACUCAAAUGCAGCCAUUCGAAAAAUGGAAAAGAUGCAUAAAUUGCUGGAAGUAUACGAGCGACUGGGAGGUGAGGAGGAUAUUGUGAACCCUGCCAACGAGCUCAUCAAGGAAGGACAUAUACAGAAGCUAUCUGCAAAGAACGGGACAGCACAGGAUCGCUAUCUAUACCUGUUUAACAGCAUGAUGCUAUACUGCGUCCCCAAACUGAGGCUGAUGGGGCAAAAGUUCAGUGUCCGCGAGAAGAUAGACAUUGCCGGAUUGCAGGUCCAGGAAAUUGUGAAACCAAACGCAUCUCAUACCUUCCAGAUAACAGGGAAGAAGCGAUCCCUGGAACUGCAAGCCAGGACAGAAGAGGAGAAAAUGGAAUGGAUUCAGGUUAUUCAGGCAACAAUUGAAAAGCACAAACAGAACAGUGAAACUUUCCGAGCGUUUAACAGUUCAUUCACCCGGGAGGAGGAGCACUGUCCAGACUCGCCGAUAACAACUCUGGGAGCAUACGAGUCAGCGGCAGGAUCAGACGGGUGCGGUUCACCAGGGGGACCAGAAUCAUUCAGAAAAUCAACCAAGAUUAAACGUGACAAAGAAAAGCACAGCUGUAAAGGGUGUGGAGAGACUUUCAACUCCAUCACAAAGAGGCGACAUCACUGCAAGCAAUGUGGGGCAGUGAUCUGUGCAAAAUGUUCUGAAUUCAAGCUCCUUGCAGAAAACGCUCGAAAUAAUCGGGUUUGCAAAGAGUGUUUUGCCUUGAGCUCUGCUGCGUGCAGUCCAGCGGGAGCAGACAUCCCUGAAAUGAAGAAGAAAACAAAUCUAGAGAAACAACUGUCCUCGCCGCCAGAAAGCAGUAUGAUUAGCAGCAGCCUUCUAUUCCUGGAGAAAGGGAAGACAUGGCACAAAAUGUGGGCAUAUGUCCCGAAAAGUGAACCUCUUGUUCUGUAUCUUCAGGUUUGCAGUCAGGAUGCACGAAAUCAGCGAGCGAUACCACUACUAGGCUAUGAAGUCAGCUUACCAAGUGCCAGUGACAAAGUGGACUUAAAGCACGCAUUUAAAUUAACCCAGUCCCAGCAAACGUUAUUUUUUGGUGCCGAGGAUGAAGAUUUGCUUGUGAAGUGGAUGGGAGUUCUAGUCAGAGCAUCAAGGGGAGAGACCGCAAGCGAUACAGACUAUCCUGGGAACACCUAAUGGUCACUGUUCAUAAACUUUUACGGUUCUUUGGCAAAAACCAGAAGUUCUGAGUAUUGACCCUUUUGACAGCAAAGUAACUUCCUGACUUUAUUGUGUCUACGUAUUAACAUCCGUGGUGUUCCCCUUUGUACGUUUCAUAUUUGUACCAGUGUACAAUGAGUGUUUUACUCCUUCAGGCACACUGAUCAAACGACAGAUGUCAUGAGGUUGCAGACACAGCACAAUGUUUUUCAGUCUACUGUUUUGUAUAUGUGUAUUUAAGAAGAAAAUCAUCCAAAAUAAUAUUUAGUGCAAAUUGUAUAUGUGAAAAUAGUUUAAUUAUUGUUGCCCUUUAAAUAUCCAGAGCUAAAAGAUCGAAUAACAGGUAAACAUACAAAAUAACCAAGGCCUUGCCAGAGCAAUUUUGGAACUAAACACAAGGAUGUGGCUGGCCACGUACCGUUCCUAUACCUGGAUCCUCCUGGCAUCCACGAAUGAUACCUUUUCUUUGUCGUAAAUGUCCAAUAUUCUGAUUGUGUAUGCUCAUCUGACACGCCAUGUAACAAUAGGUAUGGGGAGGGAUAGUCUCGAAGUGUUGUCUGUAUGUGAAGCUUUAACAGGCUAUAGAAGGACUUUCCUCCAUCCCCCGCACAUGAAGAAGUCCCUGACCAAGCACCUUCUGCACGUUUAAAUAGCUGUAAACCCAUUUUUAUAACGUGCGUUUUGAAAUGUCAAUUUUAGCACUGCUGGGAACAUGCGUUUUUUUUAACCGUAAUUUCUGGUUAAUCUUGUGUUUCUAUUUAUGAUUUGUAAAUAAUGUUCUAUACAUAUUUUCAGACAUUUUAAAAAGAAAAUAAGCUAAUAAAAAGUUUAGCACAGA